AUCACCGAUGAUGAUGAUGAAAGUUACAAAAUAAAUAGAGCCCAUUUUGAUGGCAAUAAAACUACGAUCACUAUCUCCACCGAGGCUGGCUUGGAGUUAUAUCAGCAUUGGCUCAAUCAGGCUAUUUCUGGCCUCAUGGCAGCGGUCGCAACGAAAAAGUUGCAAAGCGUCCCUGAUUAUUUUCGAGCUGCUCAUCAAGCCUGUGCAAAAAACGCAAGCACCGUAACAGCACAUGCAAAAUGUGUGGUGGUACUGCUUGAUGCUGAGCUCAGAUACCAGGACUGGAAAAGUAGAUUCGAGAAAGCAAAAAGGAUUGCUCGUUUGCGCAGAAGGUUUUUCCCGGAAAGUAUGAUUCUGAAAGAAGCAAAAGGCGAUUCUAGCCACCCUUAUACUAUAAAGAUGUUCAGACGAAGCUCGAGGAGACCGAAUCCUUUCAGACUACAACGGAUGAAGUUUGGGAAAAACAGCUAUUCGCUGAAAAAGCAGAAAGAAUACUUCUCAAGUGAUAGUGGGUGGAUAGGAUCGUUCAGAAUGAGAGCGAAGCGUGCCGCGGAUAAAAAUUUCGAAGAGUGGAGAAAAUCGCAGCAGAAAAUUGAACGAAUACAGAGGAGUAGUUACAGUCUUCUGCAA